GCAGCGAAGUAAAGGAGAAGGAAGAGGAGUGAGAGAGGAGGAGCAAAAGAGAGGAGAAAGAGGGGAGAUUUGGGGAAACACGAGUCAGAGGCAGAGUGGGUGUGUGGCGAGAGCAGCAGAUACUGUAGGGUAAGGGAGAGAUAGGAGGGGAAGAAACUGCAAAUCUGGUGUUUGGCUUCUCAGCAGGCACAUUGUCUCAGCUGCACUGUUCAGUUCUUUGCUUUGCAGGAUGAGUUCGUUCAGCACGAGAGCGCUCACUCUGCUCUCGUCGGUGUUUGGAGCUUGUGGGUUGCUGCUGGUGGGUGUUGCUGUAUCAACGGACUACUGGCUCCUGAUGGAAGAGGGAAUCGUUCUGCAGCAGAACCAAACCAUGGAGGUCAAGAUGGCGCUCCACUCCGGGCUCUGGAGAGUCUGUUUUGUUGCAGGACCUGAGAAGGGCAGAUGUGUUGCAUCGGAGUAUUUCACUGAACCAGAGAUAGAGAUCACAACAGAAAACACAGCCAACAUACUAAAAAUGGUCCGGACAGCCACACCGUUUCCCAUGGUCUCCCUGCUCUUCGUCUUCACCGCCUUUGUCAUUAGCAAUAUUGGUCACAUCCGACCACAGCGCACCAUUCUGGCCUUCGUUUCUGGGAUAUUCUUUAUACUGUCAGGUCUCAGUCUGGUGGUGGGUUUGGUUUUAUACAUUUCCAGCAUUAAUGACGAAGUGAUGAAUCGACCCAGAGAGCCAGAGCAGUUUUUUCACUACCACUAUGGCUGGUCCUUUGCCUUUGCUGCCUCCUCCUUCCUGCUCAAAGAGGGGGCAGGAGUGAUGUCUGUCUACCUCUUUAUGAAGCGUUAUGCAGAGGAGGAGCUCUACCGCCCCCAUCCAGCACUCUACCGCCCCCGUAUGUCUGACUGCAGCGACUACAGUGGCCAGUUCCUACAUCCAGACUCCUGGGCUCCACCACAGCGGGGCCGAAGUCCCUCUGAUGUCUCCUCUGACAUCUCCAUCCAGCUCAACCAGACCCCGCCGCCUCAGCAAAUUCUAAAGGGCGGCAGUAGCUCCCAGGCCACGCCUUCUUCUUCUGGGCCUUCAUCAGCUGCCAGCUACCAGCUCCAUCCUGCGUCUUCCUCCUCCACCUCCUCCUCAUAUCCACACCCACUUCACCCAGGUGCCACCUCUACCCUGACUAGGGUGCCACAUGCUCUCACCCACUCGCAAUCACAUCCCCAUUCGAGCGGGCCCCCACCUCAGUCCCUGCCAAUGGUAGCACCUCCCUCUGCUGUGCCUCCUCCUCACUACCACACACACACACGAAUGAGUGCCUCACCAUGCUAGGCUGGGUGAGCAUGGAGUGGGGUGGGGGGUGGAAUA